AUGGUAACGUUGGUACUUGGCCUGUUGAAACAUCUUGAGCACACAAUGGAGGUGAGUACUAGUGGCAAGGGGCACAGCAACUACUCAAGAACGGCUCUAACACAGCUCACAUCGUUUGGAAAACAGCAGGAGACGUCCAAUCUCGACCACAAGCUGAGCCUUGCUCUUCGUGAGGACUUCAAGCAUCGAAAUCAGCCAAAAGGCCAACAAACCGAUGACGACAACGACGAUGACGACGACGGUGAUGACGACGAUGAUGACGAUGACGACGACGAACUCGACGAACUGCCAAUAUCACAUGAAUUGUUUGCGAGCAUCUCGAAACAGCCAGUCUCGUGCCUUGUUCAGGAGAAGUCUGGCAGCAGAUUGAUUCUGGCCACCGGACGAAAAACGGAGUUCUAUGACUUCCCCACUCUUGAUAAGCCUUUCAGAGAGGUGGAUCAAGAUGCCCAAGUCACUUGCCUGGCACAUGAUCCCAGCAACAUUGUUCUGGCCGUUUCUGAGACGAAGAAAGUCAAGAUCUACAGUAGAGACGGACAGGAACUGGCAGAGUCUGUGGAAGGUGACAUGUACCUCGUGACGCCUCAGAACACAAAGGGACAUACUGCGACGGUACUAACGGGUAUCGCACUGGGCGGCUGUGAGUUUGUGACCUCCUCACGUGACCAGACAGUGCGGAUUUGGAAGUACACUCCUGGGUCUCUGAAGCAGACAAAUGUGAUUGUGACCAAGACCAAGGGGGUCAAGAAGGUCGCUGGUGACGAUUCUGGGGUGGUUUACCAUCUAGCAGCGUUGGAUGGCCUCAUCGUUGCUGCUACCAAGGACUCUCUGAUAACCUAUAGCAAGUCCAAUGGCUACUCCAGAUCUAUGUCUACUCUACAGGUGGAGGUGACCAGUUUGACAUCCAAUAGUACCAACCUGGUGGUCACGACCACCGACAAGUCUCUGAAGAUCCUCUCCAAGGAUCUCAAGGUUCAACUGGAGAACAACCUUGAUGAAGUUGUUACCAGCACUGCCUAUUCACCAGACUCGAAGUACAUAGUUGCUGUUUCUGACUCGUUACGGAUUCUUGAUAGCAGUGACUUGGCUGAGGUCUACAAAUGCAAGCUUCGAUCACCUGCCAAAUGUGUUUCUUGGCACGCGGGCCUCAAUCAGAUCUGCCUAGGACUCGAAAAUGGGCAGUUACAGAUGCUGUUCUCCCCUGAGCUGUCCUCAAAGGGGGCCCUGGCGGUUCUUGAGCGAGGCCAUCGAAAGCGAGACAUUGACGAUGUUCUUCAGACCGUCGAUGUAUCGUCCACGUCGCUCAAAACUGUCAACCCCUUUGCUGACGACUUCCACAAAGACAACCAGAAGCGCAAGAAGCAGGCCGCUAGUCACCACCCAGACAAUAAGCUGGAUGUUUGGGGAACCCCUGACCAGAAGCAUGUUGAUGCUACCACUGACAAGGCGUAUCGACAGGACCCUAGAGAGGAGCUUUUGAAGUAUGCCGAAAAGGCCAAGAAUUCGGAUAUUUUGGAGAGGAAGUAG